AUGUCCGGUAAUAAGCUAUCGAUUCUCCAAGGUCUUGCCUUCUUCUUCCACCGUUUUUUUAUCCUCCGGCGUUGGUUUCAUCGUAACCCUAAACAAAAACACCAAAAAUGCCCUUCUCAUCAUGGCCUUCACCAAGCUCACGACUUAUCACAUCACACCUUGAUAUUCAACGUUGAAGGAGCUCUACUCAAAUCAAACAACUUGUUCCCUUACUUCAUGCUCGUAGCUUUCGAAGCCGGAGGGGUAAUAAGGUCAUUUAUCCUCUUCAUUCUCUAUCCAUUUAUAAGCUUGAUGAGCUACGAUAUGGGCUUGAAGACCAUGGUGAUGUUGUGCUUCUUUGGGGUUAAAAAAGAAAGUUUUCGAGCUGGGAAAUCGGUUUUGCCUAAGUACUUUCUAGAAGAUGUUGGGCUCGAAAUGUUUGAGGUUUUGAAGAGAGGGGGCAAGAGAGUUGGUGUGAGUGGUUUGCCACAAGUAAUGAUUGAUGGGUUCUUGAGAGAUUACUUGGAGAUUGAAGUUGUGAUCGGGAGAGAGAUGAAAACGAUCGGUGGUUACUACUUAGGCACCAUGGAGGACAGGAAUAAACAUGAACUUGCUUUUGGUAAAUUGGUUCAAGAAGAACAACUAAGUACUGAUCAUGUCAUUGGCAUCACUUCCUUUAAUUUCUCAAGUCAGCGAUCUCUAUUCUCUCAAUUUUGCCAGGAAAUUUACUUUGUCAGAAAUUCAGACAAGAAAAGUUGGCAAACUUUACCAAGAAAUCAGUUCCCUAAACCAUUGAUUUUCCACGAUGGUCGUUUAGCCAUUAAGCCAACACCUAUAGACACACUCGCACUAUUCAUGUGGGCCCCAUUCGCCGUUGCCUUAGCCGCCGCAAGACUCAUCGCCGGCCUAAACCUCCCUUACUCCUUAGCUAAUCCUUUCCUCGCCUUCUCGGGUCUCCGCCUUACCCUCACCGUCAACAACCAAACUGGCUUAACUUCUUCCUACCAAAAGAAAGGUUGUCUCUUUGUCUGUAACCAUAAAACGUUACUAGACCCACUUUAUCUGUCUUACGCUCUAAGAAAGAAAAACAUUAAAGCCGUUACGUAUAGUCUAAGCAGAUUAUCUGAGCUUUUAGCUCCAAUCAAAACCGUUAGAUUGACUCGUGACCGUGUUCAAGAUGGUCAAGCCAUGGAAAGAUUAUUGAGCCAAGGAGAUCUCGUGGUUUGUCCCGAAGGAACUACGUGUAGAGAGCCUUACUUGCUUCGAUUUAGUCCACUUUUCGCGGAGGUUAGUGACGUCAUUGUACCGGUUGCUAUUGACUCGCACGUGACCUUUUUCUAUGGCACGACGGCUAGUGGAUUUAAGGCCUUUGAUCCGAUUUUCUUCCUCAUGGAUCCUUACCCUUCCUACACCGUCCGAUUGCUUGAUCCUGUCUCUGGAGGUGGAUCAGCCACGUGUCAAGAUCAUGAUGAUGGCAAAACUAAGUUCGGGGUGGCUAAUCACGUGCAGCAUGAGAUCGGGAAAGCCUUGGGGUUCGAGUGCACCAACCUCACGAGAAGAGAUAAGUACUUGAUCUUGGCCGGUAAUAAUGGAGUUGUCACGAAAAAAUAA